CAUUUCUGAACUGGUGCAGUGCUACGGCUUGCUCAGUGAGAGUGUGCAGAACAAGGGGGAUUUAAAUAUACCUGAAACAAAAACAUCCACAUAAAAAAAAUUACAAAAAAAGAAAAAAAAACAUCCAUCAUGAGCUACGAUCCCUACUAUUCCCGCCGCCCCUGGGACGACUACAGGGGGGCCAGAUCCACCAAAUCCUCCAUCUCCUCCACCCUGUACUCCGUCCACCGCUCCGUUCCCUCCGCCAAGCGCUCCCUGCGGCUGGCGUCGUCCUCCAUGCCCGACCUGGCGGAGAGGAUGGACCUGGCCCAGGUGAGCACCCUCAACGCGGAGCUGCUGGGCCUGAGGGCCAAGGAGAAGGAGCAGCUGGUGGGCCUCAACGACCGCUUCGCCACCUACAUUGAGAAGGUGCACCACCUGGAGCAGCAGAACAAGGUGCUGCAGGCGGAGCUGGAGGCCCUCCGGCAGAGGCAGCGCGACCCCUCCCGCCUGCACCUCCUCUACGAGCAGGAGGCCCGGAGCCUGAGGGCCCUGCUGGACGCCGAGACCAACGAGAAGAUGCGCCUGGAGGCCGAGCGCGACCACCUGCGGGACGUCCGCGGCCAGCUGAGGGAGCGCUGCCAGGACGAGGCCCGGCGGCGGGCCGACGCCGAGGACGCCCUGCGGAAGGCGCGGGAGGAGGCCGACCGGGCGGAGCUGGCCAACUGCGACGCCGAGGCCAGCGUGGCCUCCCUGGCCGAGGAGAUCGCCUUCCUCAAGAAGGUCUUCGGCGAGGAGCACGCCGAGCUGACCGCCCAGGUCCGGGCGGCCGGCGUCAGCGUGGACGUGGAGGUGGCGGCGCCCGACCUCUCGGCCGCCCUGCGCGACAUCCGCUCCCAGUACGAGACGCUGGCCAACAAGAACAUGCAGGCCGCCGAGGACUGGUACCGCACCAAGUUCGCCGGCGUGGCCGAGGCCGCCAGCAGGAACGACGAGGCCGUGCGCGUCAUGCGCGAGGAGACCUCCGAGUACCGGCGGGUGCUCCAGGCCCGCUCUUCCGAGAUCGAGGCCCUGCGCAACGUCAUCGAAUCACUCAACAAGCAGCUGGAGGACAUGGAGGACAGGCAGGGGAAGGAGGUGGCCAAGUACCAGGAGAGAAUUAAUGAGCUGGAGAAGGACAUCGCUGAUGCUAAGCAAGAGAUGGCCCAUUACCUGAGAGAGUACCAAGACCUCCUGAAUGUCAAAAUGGCCCUUGACAUUGAAAUCGCUGCAUACAGGAAGCUCCUGGAGGGCGAGGAGAUAAGGCUGAGCUUCUCCUCCCUGCCUGCCCUCACCUAAACCCCCCACCUUCAAGCCAGACGCGCCCUUGUUCGAAACAAGAGGUCCACCGCAAACUCCCCCUUCUUCUCCACACACUCCGACUCGACUGAGCACAGGACAGCAAAGGGCGCAAGAUCCCCCGAGAGAGCGAGAGCCCAGAGGCAGCACUGCGUCAGCCAGGACACCAGAGCCAAGCCCAUGCACAAUAUCCUUUUGGUAGGGCCCAAAGCUCCUCCGUAAAAGUGUUAAACUCCAGGCUCGAUUUUGAGAUCUGCCCUAGCCAAUUCAGCAAACACUUAACCAACUGUUUGUAAAGGCGGGUGAAAUUCAGUUCAGCCGUGGAUGUUUAGAUUUUACUCAACCUCGCUCAGAUGCAAGGUAUUAAAAGACGUGUACCUUUGAAUUCUACCAACAGGAUAUUGGGCUGUACUGCUGAUCCUAUUGUAUUAAUCAGUAAAUCAGUAUAUGUCUGUUUUGUUCUAAAGAUUCUCUUUCAUUGUGGGCAGUAGAGUACUGUCAUAUUGCUUUUGUCUUCUUUGAUAUUCCAUAUAUGUUGAGCUUCAGUCAGAAGGGGACAUUCGAGUUUACUUUCUCAAUGAAAUCAAAUGUUAAAAUACAAAUGUGAUCAUGGCUAAAUUGUUUUUUUUUUUUUUGUUUUUGUUGUAUUUUUAUUUUUUUUAAGCAGCUACAAUCAAGGCACUAAAUCUAGGUUUCGCUAAGUUGCUUUUGACUGGAGAAGCUCAAAAUAGUAUGAGAAUGUCAGGAAGAAAGUUCAAGCGCCUGUCGACAGAGGUUUGCCUCGUGUAUUGUGACAUCAGACAGAACUCUUCAUUUAGCUGCUUUUGAAUUUUGUUCUUGAUUCUUUUCUGUAAGCCCAUUAAAUGAGAAUAAACUGUAAAACUUCCUAAAACAAAAAUAACAAAAAAAAAUGCCUGGUAACUAAGCUUUCCGCUGUGCCGAUCAUAGAUCUGACCGGUACUUAAAAUCUGUGAAUCUAUAUCAAGUGUGCACCUUUUAAGCCUGAUAUAUCUAUAAGUGCCAGCGACCUGCUGAAUAAAAAUAACAUGGCAUUACUGA